CACAGGAAGCGACAGACAGGGGCGGCGGUGAGAGAAAACGGCUUGUCAGAACGCGGAUGUUCUACAGUGCAGUGCUGCAACGUUGUGCAACUAUUUAGGGGACGGGCAGACUGUCUCUCUCUCUCUCUCGAUCUAUUUUGCGUCCGGAACUUGGUCCCCAGUUGCUGCUGUUGCUGCAACCUGGAGAUCAGAACUAUGGCAAGGCCGAGCGAUUCCGAUCUGGGAUCGCUGUUGGCGGCCGCCCGGAGAGAUUACAAAAAGGCUUUCGGAGGAAUGGAUCCUAAAAUCGCGGUGUCGGCGCCGGGAAGGGUGAAUAUGAUCGGAGAGCACACAGAUUACAACCAAGGCUUCGUGCUGCCUAUGGCCUUGCAGAUGGGCACCGUGAUGGUCGGGAGCCCAAGGGAAGAUGGAAUAAUAUCCAUUGUCACAACUGCAGAGGAAGCUGACCAGCCUAAAAGAGUGCAGUUUCAGGUUCCAGGGGAAGGAGGUGACUUGAAACCAGGAGAACCUCGCUGGGCUAACUAUGUGAAAGGGGUUAUCCAGCAUUAUAAAGCUGGCCCUCUCCCUGGCUUUAAUGCAGUCAUAGCCAGUAAUGUUCCACUAGGUGGUGGUCUCUCAAGUUCAGCAUCAUUGGAGGUGGCUACAUACACCUUCCUGCAGCAGCUCUGUCCAGAUGAUGGAGAUCCAGUCGCUAAGGCAUUAGUAUGCCAAAAAGCAGAACACACAUUUGCGAUGAUGCCUUGCGGUAUCAUGGACCAGUUCAUCUCUGUGAUGGGGAAGGAGGGCCACGCCUUGCUGUUAGACUGCAGGUCACUGGAGAUUCGUCUGGUACCACUGAGUGACCCAAAUUUAGUUGUUCUCAUCACCAACUCCAAUGUACGGCACACUUUGACAGGCAGCGAGUACCCCACACGUCGGCGCCAGUGUGAAGAGGCAGCAAAGGCCCUUGGCAAGGCAAGCUUGAGAGAAGCCAGUAUGGCAGACUUAGAGGUGUCUAAAGCCCUCCUGAGUGAGGAGGUGUACAGGCGAGCCAAGCAUGUCAUUGGGGAGAUAGAACGCACUGCCAGGGCAGCUGAGGCACUGCAGACGAGGGACUAUAAGAGAUUUGGACAACUGAUGGUGGAGAGUCACAAUUCCUUGCGGGAUGACUAUGAAGUCAGCUGUCCAGAAUUAGAUGAGUUGGUAUCUGCUGCCUUGGAGAUCCCGGGGGUUUAUGGCAGCCGAAUGACUGGCGGAGGAUUCGGCGGUUGCACCGUUACUCUGCUUGAAUCUGGGGUAGCAGAGAAAGUUCUAAGACACAUCAAGGAAAAAUACAGCGGGACAGCAACUUUCUAUUUCACAAAGCCUUCUGACGGAGCUAAAGUACAUCCGCUUUGUUACCAGGGUCUAGGAGAAUCAUGAAGCUCAGCUUGCUUACCUGAUCCAUCUGCUUUGGACAAAGACCUCUACUACUUAUACAAAAGGAAACGCCUUGAAAUC